CACUUCACCAAGAAAACCACUUCUUAAAAUCAAGUUUUUUUUUUUAAUAAAAAAAAAAUGGCUUCCAACAAGGCUUUCUCUACUCUUGCUCUUUUCCUUACCUUUAACCUAAUUUUCUUCACAUUUGUUUCAGGUUGUGGAACUUGUCCUAAACCAAAACCAAAGCCUUCUUGUCCUCCACCUCCAUAUGUUCCAAAAAAGGAAACUUGCCCAAUUGAUACACUAAAAUUAGGUGUUUGUGCUAAUGUUCUUGGAUUAGUUAAUGUUGUUGUUGGUUCACCACCAGUGAAACCUUGUUGUAGUCUUAUUUCAGGACUUGCUGAUGUUGAAGCUGCUCUUUGUCUUUGUACUGCUAUUAAGGCUAAUGUUUUAGGCAUUAAUCUUAAUGUACCCGUCUCAUUGAGUUUGCUUCUUAAUGUUUGCUCCAAGAAAGCCCCUUCUGGCUUCCAAUGUCCUAAUUAAUUAAAUUAAAGAACAGUCCAGUACAUGAAGUAUCCUGCGCCUGCUCUGACUCAGGAUUCGAAAAAGAGUUAAAAAUUCAAAGUUUAUCUCAUUGUUUGUA